AUCCGGCGAGCGCAGGCGCACUUACUGCACACCCAGCGCCUCACCGCCUCCCUGGAACCCGCCGCAGUGCGCAAGCGCGCAACAUCUCCGUUUCCCUCCCCUCAGCCCUUCACCCCCCCCCCCCCGUUUUCCCCUUCAAGAAGCCGGCUCCGGGGCACGCUCACCCCUGUGAGGAGGCCGGACACGGGAGGUGCUCUCUCCAUUACCGGAAGAUCAUGUACCAGCGCAGCCGGGGGGCGGCCCGGCGCCUCGGCCCCUGCCUCCGUGCCUACCAGGCUCGUCCCCAGGACCACCUUUCUCCACGGGCCCUACCAUUCCCACCUCUUUGGCCUCACUCCGUGACAACCACUUCUCCAUCUCUGCCUCUUUUCUGGUCUCCCCCACCCCCAAGCCCUCCCACCCGGCUGCUUCCCCGAGCUCCCCCACUACCUCUCCCUCAGGUCCAAGCCCUCACCUCACCAUGGGUGGUUCUCCCCCCAGGAAAGGGGGAGGAGGGACCAGGACCUGAGUUACACAGCGGCUGCCUGGAUGGGCUUAGGAUCCUAUUUGAGGGACCUCCCUGCCCCUGUCCUGGGGCUUUGAUACCUUUCCAAGCCUCUGGGACUGCCCACUCUUCCCCGGCCACUCCAUCAGGAGAUCCGAGUAUGGAGGAGCACCUGGCUGUCAUGUACGAGAGACUGAGACAAGAGCUUCCCAGUCUCUUCCUUCACUCCCACGACUACACUCUCUACUCAUCGGAUGUGGAAUUCAUCAAUGAGAUCCUGAACAUGCGUACCAAAGGCCGGACAUGGUACAUUCUGUCACUGACCCUCUGCCGCUUCCUGGCCUGGAACUAUUUUGCACAGCUUCGGCUGGAGGUUCUACAGCUGACCCGCCACCCUGAGAAUUGGACCCUGCAAGCCCGCUGGCGGCUUGUGGGGCUGCCCAUCCACCUACUCUUUCUGCGUUUCUAUAAGCGUGACAAGGAAGAGCUUUACCGGACUUAUGAUGCCUAUUCCACCUUCUACCUGAAUUCCAACGGCCUCAUUUGUCGCCAUCGCCUAGACAAACUGAUGCCUUCACACUCACCCCCAACGCCCGUGAAGAAGCUGCUAGUGGGAGCCCUGGUGGCUCUGGGGCUGUCGGAGCCAGAACCCAACUUACACCUGUGUUCCAAGGGCUGAUCAGGAACUGGGGCAGAGGCAGCACGGAAGACUUGCUACGCACAAGAGGAGGAGGUGGAGGUGGCCAAAGACCUCAGGAGCCAGCUUCCUCCUCUCUUCUCUCUUCUCCUUUACUUUCCAUCUCAUGCUGUGUAAAGCUGCUGUGUAACUUAACUUGUAAAUAAUAAAAUCUAAGUGAAUAUAUGA